AUGGUAGCGACGGUGGUGACGGUAGUGGCGUUGGCUGUGAUAGUAGAGUCGUCCGAGUACAGGCAAGGAGAGAGAGGACAAGGGAUCACGGUGAACUGGUGUAACCCGACGAGCGAGACGCAGAACCGCAUAUACGUGGACACGCCGCUCGAAUUUCGCGGUUACUUCACAACGAUAUCCGGAUACACCUGCUUGUUCUCGUUAGAGCAAGCCUGGUUAGAGCAAAGCUUGUUUUUCCUGUCGGGGUGGUUUCCGGGGUGGAGGUUGCACGUAUACGUGGGGAGUGUCGCAGGUGCGGAGGAACUCGCGGGGGAGGGUAGCAUAUACCGGGGGGUGAGGGAAGGUGUGUGUCCUCGUACUCCUGCGCAACGCCGGAGCACCACCGAAGUCCUGGUCGGGAGGAGCCGUUCACUUGGCACACACGGGGAACGCUGUAGCAUCUGGCUGACAGACAGCAACCAUCUAAAAAAAGAGUAAGUACCUAUCUGCGAUUACCUCAUUCACUCGUGAGAAAAA